AAAUUGUAUUAUGUACCCGAAAUUUCUCUCGCAGUCUAAUUUCUGUCUCGUCGGCUAAUCGAAGCCCCAAGCGGUUGCGGCCGCCACCGAUCUGCCGCCGGCGACGCCUUCGUCUUCAGCGAAUCCAUUAAGCUUCGUUCAGCCUGCGCAUGGUGGAAUCUCCGUCGGCGUCAUGGCAGCCACGGCGACUCAACGGGGGAAGUCACAGUCGCAUCUCCACCGCGAUUUUCCCUCGCCGGUACUGAAGUCUUGGGGAAACCAUCGCCUCCUCCGAUGUGAUGCAGUUGAUGGAAACGAACAUAUUGUAACUGGAAAACACAGAUCGAUUCUGCCGCGGGAUGAUCGGCGGCGUCUCCCUCCCGCCGACGCCCCUGAAAUCGCCAUCGGAAACGAAGAAUCUGGUCUCGAGGAACUCCGUGAGAAGCUACUCGGACAUCUCCGGGAAGUCGCCGGCAGGAUGAAAGUCGAAGUACCUCGCAUCGAUCCGUCGGCCUCCGGAUCUCCGGAGGCUGUGCGGUCCUCCGCCGCUCCGGCUGCUGACGCAAUACCCUGGAAUCUCAGAAGCAAAAGGGCUUCGCGGAAUGAAGCGGCGCAGGCGCAGGCUCCAUCGACGGACAGGAUGAUCCGUCUGAGACACAAGGAUUCGGAAAAAGAGCCGCAGAAGUUCUCCGUCUCCCUCACACAGGAAGAGAUCGAUGAAGACGUCUUCGCACUGACAGGAUCUCGUCCGCGCCGCCGCCCGAAGAAACGGGCCAGGAUCGUUCAACGGCAACUCGACGCGAUCUUCCCGGGCUUAUGGCUGUCUGAGAUCACGCCGGAGUUAUACAGGGUGCCGGAAUAGUGCUUUUACCGGCGAAGUUAUUCUUACCAUCCGGUAACGGUAUCUUACCCCUCUGUCUCGUUGAUCAUAUAUAUAGGCAUAUAGCAAUUAGGAUUCAAUCUUGAAGAAGAAUGAUUCUCUAUAAGGAAGGUAACUUUAGCUCACUUUGUAUCGUUUAUAUUUGGAAUUUUAUAUUGUUUCUCAUUUGGAAUUUUUAUAUA